UUUUUUUUUUCUCUUUCUUUCUUUAUAUGUCUUCUUCUUUCUCUUCUUCUUCUUCUUCUUCUUCUUCUUCCAGACUAGAAGUCGUUAAGAAUCACUUGGAAGUAAAUGGUUUUAUCUUUCUUUUGAAUAACUAAUACUAACUUGGUCUUUUUUUUUUAUAUAGCCCAUGUCUGCUCAUAAAAGUCCCAUUACUUGUCACGUCCUUAUUGCUUCUACUGGUGUUCCAGGUCGUGGUGUUAGUGUCAAGAUAGAAAAGUUAAACGGAGGCUCUUUCAGUACAUUAUCUACUGCUCAAACCAACGAAGACGGUCGUUGUCCUACUUUAUUACCAGAAGGAUAUAAAGCUGAAAAGGGUAUUUAUCGUGUUACUUUUGAAACCAAAGAAUACUUUAACAAGAUCGAUCAAGAAUGUUUCUAUCCUUAUGUGCAGAUCAUUUUUGAAUUGGCUAAACCAAAAGAACAUUACCAUAUCCCCCUUUUACUUAGUCCUUAUUCUUAUACAACUUAUCGUGGUAGUUGAUCAAAUUAUAAUAAAAUAUACUUUUAAUCCACUUAAAAAAAA